AUGGCAUCCGGAAAAGGUCACGGUAGUAUGUCUCCUAGUAUGAAAUUCAUACGACUUCUUAUUAUUCUAUUGAAUCUGGUAUUUGUUAUUGCUGGAGGAAUAUUACUUGGAAUUGGUAUUUUUGUUGUAAAAGAUCCUAAAAUGCAACAAUUACGUCCAUUACUUAAUCCUGAUGCAACAGCUAAAUAUUCUCAAACUUUAUCAAAUAUUGAAAUAUUUGCUAUCAUCCUGAUUGUUAUUGGUGGUAUUUUAUUAUUCAUUGGAUUUCUUGGUUGUUGUGGAGCAAUAAAAGGUUUCAAAUGUUUACACAUUCUUUAUGCAAUAAUUAUCGGUGGAAUUAUUCUUGCUGAAAUAAUAAUUAUUAUUCUUUUUAUGGCUUAUCAAAAUAGUUUUAAAUCAGACUUGGUUGGUAAACUUCAAAAAUCAAUUCAAAGAUAUUAUGUUGGUCCACCCAUCAAUAAUUCAACAGUUUCAAAUCCAAUAUCACUUUCGUGGGAUUUUGCACAAUUUAAUUUUCAGUGUUGUGGUGCAAUUAAUAAAUCUGAUUAUUUAAAUACGACAAGUUGGAAUCGAACAAAUCCUUAUUAUCCAAAUACAACAUUAACUGUUCCUUUUACUUGCUGUGCAUUGAAUGCAACAAAAAAUUGGAAUGGAUUACCUACAAAUAUGAUAGAAGCUAAUACAUGUGCAACAACAGGUACUACUGCCUAUACACAAGGAUGUUACGAUCGAUUGGUUGAUUUAGUAUAUUCAUAUAAGAAAUAUGUUAUUAUCGGUGGUGCCAUUAUAGGUGUUGUUGAAAUACUCGCUUUCUUAUUUGCAAUUUUAUUAUAUUGUCGCAAAGCGGAUUAUAAUGCUUUAUAG